AUCUACCAUUCUCACAGCAUCAUGACUGAAGAAAGCCAGAAAAUGUCCUACCAGAUCAUUGGGAUGAUUCUAGUCUGUCUGCAGAUGACUGCUUCACAGAAAAGGAUGUGGAUCCAACAGAGCCCGGCCCAGUUAGUAUUGGCCCCUGGAAAAUCUGCACGGAUCGACUGUAAGCCCUCAAGCUGGGGAGCAUAUGUAUAUUGGUAUAAGGAGCUUCAGAAUGGAAGUUUGCAUUGGAUUUUCGAGAGUUAUAAGAAUGAAUCUUCACAUGAAAAAUACUCGAGUGAAGUGAACAAAGCAUCAGGCAUGUUUUCUCUGAUUAUCAAGGACGCACAAAGAAAUGACUCCGGGGUGUAUUACUGUGGCCUAGAUGCAUUUGUAUAUCCGAAUUUUGGGAGUGGGACCAGAUUAAUUGUCACAGAUGCCUCCGAGCUGAGACUUUCCCUCCUGGUGCCCUCCACCCGGGAGGAAGCUGAGUUUCCCCACGACGUUCCCCUGCUCUGCCUGAUCUCGGAUUUCACUCCCACCUGGAGCGUUCUCUGGGACACCGGGGAGGGGGACUUGGCGGGCCAGAUGGAUGCUGGAGCCAUAGAUGGGGAUGGGAUCUACAGCGUCUGGAGCCUAACGACAAUCCCAUACAAGAGGUGGAACCAGGAGACAAUCUGGACUUGUGCAGUCAAAGACAACAGCACGGGGAGAAACAUCAGUGCUACCAUGGCCAAGCAAACAGAUGAGGCCGAGGAAGGAAUCUGUGAUUAUGUGUUAUAUUUUGGCCUGCUUUGUAUUUUCAUCCUUGUCAUCAUCCAGAUGAUGAUCCUGCUCUUCAGGAAGCGUCUCACCAAAGCAGGGAGAACUGUGAAAACAGGGAACCAAAUGCCCAUGAGGCAGAUUCCACAGACUGAAUAUGCAGCGGUGAGGUACAAUAAAUGAAAACUCCCUUUUUAACUGAGGUGGUCUGACCAAUUUAUAUACAGAGUUUUUUAAAAAGCGCUGUACAAGAGGAAAAAAAUGAAAGUGAAAGAUAAAUUCUGAGUCUAAUUUAUUACUAAGGUGUGAAGUGGUUGGGCUUAAAA